AGGAAGAGAAGGAGGAGAACGUGGUCACGAGCUUCGUCGAAGGCGCCUGCGCUCCAGUACUCCGCGCCUUCGGUUCCUCAGCUUCGACUAGGCUCACCGCUCAACUCAAGUGUCGCGACGGCGUAAAAGCUCGUGUCGCGAUGCAUCGUGAUCGUCAUCGCGCGAUCGUACUAAUUAUUCCGUUUUGCUAAUCGGUUCCGUAGCGAUUUGUUUAUCAUUUUGCGUCACGUGACGAGUCCGUGUUUGUGCUGUCAGAAGGAUAGUGGCUGACGGUGGUACAUACGUGACAGUUCGGCGGACAGUUUUCAAUGAAGAUAAGUUGAAGUUUUUUUUUAAAACAAAUGGGAACUGCAGAUAUUCGGCGAAUAAGACGGGAAUGCGUUAAAUUUAUAUCGGAUUCUGUCGAUGUGCACUUAGGCAGAGAUACAACGACAACGGAUGAAUAUUCGAAUUUUUGACGAUGGCGAUAAAUCGAUAAACGAUCCUAUUAAUAAUUUCUAUGAUAUAUUGUUUAUACAAGUUGAAAAAUGCUCGUUCAGCAAUAUUGCUUAACGCACAAGAGAAUAUUCUUAAGCGCUGUACUCCGAACGAGAGUAAUGCCAGAUGAUACGUUAAUCUGGAAAUACUUGUCAAUAAUUUGAAAAUCGCGAUUAGCGCGUAGAAAAAUCCAUUGAAUGCGAGAAACGGAAGUUAUUCAAAGACAGACGUGGUACAUUCGCAGAAGUGGAGGAAGAACGGGAGAGGGAGGAGCCGUUGCUGAGCGUGGAGGGGGCGGAGGUGAGAUCGUCUGGUGAUGAUGAUCGGUGGCGGCGUUGCGACUCCUCCUGGUACUGCCAAGUCGGCGGCUGCGAUCGACAGCGAAAUGGUACAGGUCGACGGCAUUGGCAGUGGUAGUGUCAGUGGCAGUGCUAGUGGUAGUGGUAGCCCAGCAACGGGUGCAAUUACCACGCGCCUCACGAACAAUAGCAGUAGCGGUACCAAUAAUAAUAACAACAACAACAAUAAUAAUAAUGGGGAGAUUAGCAACAAUAAUGACGGACACGGAGUCGCGAAUUGCACCGGUACGACCGCUUCGAGCGCAAGUGACAAGUUCUGCUGUCAGGACGAAGACGUUCCCGCCACCACUGGUGUUGCCCGACCUUGGGAACCACCGUCGCCGACCUUCUCCCAGACGAGAUCGCACUUACUACAGGUACAUCCACCGCACCAUCACCAGCAGCAUCCGGCGGCGCAUCAUCACCAGCAGUUGAAUGUACCUGUUUCCCUGAUCGAUGGUGUGAAUUUACAAAAUUGUACAGCCGGUCCUUUCGCCAGUGGCAAUAAUGGCAACGCAUCGCGGCAACGUCUAAUCGAAUUGUCACAUGGAUUAGGAGCACUCAGGCAUUACAACGAUCUCGCCAACCAUGUGUUGUCAUUAAACCAACAGGGCGCAGUCGUUACGAAACUUUUAGGUACGUUGCGCCCACCGGGUCUGAUCGGUGGCAGUAAGCCGAAAGUAGCAACACCGGCUGUCGUCGCUAAGAUUGAACAAUAUAAAAGGGAGAAUCCAACUAUCUUUGCUUGGGAAAUCCGGGAGAGGCUAAUUUCCGAAGGAGUUUGCAGUAAUGCGACAGCGCCGUCGGUCAGCAGCAUCAAUCGAAUAUUGCGGAACCGUGCGGCGGAACGCGCGGCUGCGGAAUUCGCGCGUGCCGCUGGUUACGGCCUGUACGCAGCCGCUGGGCCGCAUCCGUACUUCAAUUCUCAUCAGCAUCCGACGACGAGCCAUCAUCUGCCGGCGGGCUGGCCGGCACCAGGAGCAGCUGGACAUCCAUGGAUGCUGCCGCCUCUUGCUACCGGUAUAUCCGGCGCCGCCGCGUCUGCUUUGCUUUUGCCACCGUCCCUGAGUCCCGGUGCGGCCGCCGCCGCGGCCGCAGCCGCGUCCGCGUCCGCGGGCACUUCCGAGCAUGCACUUCAUGCCGCCGACGCGAUUGCUCGUGGAUAUCUACAAGAUGGCGACGGCGAUGACGGAAGCUUAGACGGUUCAGAGCAGCCAAAGUUCCGGCGGAACCGCACGACUUUCAGUCCGGAACAGCUCGAGGAACUCGAAAAGGAAUUCGAGAGAUCGCAUUAUCCGUGUGUGUCUACGCGCGAACGUCUCGCUUCGAAAACAUCGCUCUCAGAAGCCCGCGUUCAGGUUUGGUUUUCCAACAGACGGGCAAAGUGGCGUCGUCACCAACGCAUGAACCUCUUAAAGCGCUCGCCACCACCACCUCCACCACCACCGCCGCAGCCGCAGCCGCAGCCGCAGCAACCGCACUCCGCUACGUCCGCUAUGGAAAUCGGCCAGCGUACGUCCAGCUGCUCCAUCGCCGGCAUGGGCGGCGAAAGUAGCGCGUUCCGCGCGGUUGUCGCUAAUUCCGCAACCAGGGACACCGGCCUCGACCGACCCGAGAGGAUCGAUAGGCACGAGUCGGUACCGAAGCAACCAGAAAGGAAACCUAGCGCCUUCCGGAUGAUCAGUCAACUCGUAGGUGACGAUUCGUCCGGACUUUCGAGACCGACCAGUCCCGUGUACGAUCAGCGUCAAUCGUCCGGUCUUGGUCCGCGUCCAGGAUCGGAUACGAACGCGCAUAGGAUACGCUACGAUCAGAACGAGGACGAAGACGAGGAAAUCGACGUUCAAGACUCCGACCAGGAUAUACCGUCGUCGCCACCGGUCGCUUGGAGAGAUCAUUGGACUGACCAACAACCGUUGGAAUUGACGAAGCAUGAUCGCUGA